GAAAGAACCCCACAGGCUGUUGGCCAGUGCAGAGUCCCCUCUUCUCCAGCCUGGGCUUGCAAGCUGGGUGGGAUUGUGGAGAAGGGCAGUACAGGAGGAGGGGCCAAGAGCAGCCCCCAUGGGCACGGAGGCGGGGUGGUGCCUGCUGCUCUGUUUGGCUCUGUCUACGGCAGCAGAAACUGAGCCCAGUGCAGCAGCAGGGCAGUGGCGGCCAGUGGACGUGGUCUUGGACUGCUUCCUAGUGGAGGAAAGUGGGCACCGCGGCACUCUUGUGCGCAGUGAGAACAGGGUGAAGGCCUUGCUCGUGCUGCAGCAGGUGCCAGUGCUGGAUGAUGGCUCCCUGGAAGACUUCACCGAUUUCCAAGGGGGUGCACUGGUCCGAGAUGACCCACCAACUGUUAUCUUCGAGGCCUCAGUGGACCUGAUCCAGAUUCCUGAGGCCAAGGCCCUGCUCCAUGCUGACUGCGGCGGGAAGGAGGUGACCUGUGAGAUCUCCCGCUACUUUCCCCAGGCCAAGGAGGCCAAAGCUGAGACAGCAGCUUGGUUCAUGGCCAACAUGCAGGUCUCAGAAGGGGGACCUAGUGUCUCUGUGGUGAUGAAGAUCCUCAGGGACACAGACCGCGGGGCUACCUGGCACCCCACACUGAGCCUGCCCCUGACCCACCAGGGAACAGUGCAGACUGCCGUGGAGUUCCAGGUGACAACACGAACGCAAUCCCUGAAUUACAUGUUGGAGUCCACAGUCUCCCUGGACUGUGGCUUCUCCAUGGCACCAGGGUUGGACCUCAUCAGUGUGGACUGGAGGCUGCAGCACAAGGGCAGUGGCCAGCUGGUAUACAGCUGGACUGCGGGGCAGGGGCAGGCUGAGCGAGAGGGUGCUACACUGGAACCUGAGCAGCUACAAACAGCCGGGAAUGCCUCCCUCAUCCUAUCCAGCCUCAGAGUAAAGGACGAGGGGGCCUACAUUUGCCAGAUCACUACCUCUCUAUACCGAGCUCAGCAAAUCAUCCAACUCAACAUCCAAGCUUCCCCCAAAGUACGACUGAGCUUGGCAAACAAAGCUCUGCCACCCACCCUCAUCUGCAACAUUGCCGGCUACUACCCUCUGGACAUGGCAGUGACGUGGACCCGAGAGGAGCUGGGCAGAUCCCCGGUCCAAGUCUCUGGUGCCUCAUUCUCCAGCCUCAGGCAAAGCACAGCAGGCACCUACAGCAUCUCCUCCUCUCUGACGGCAGAGCCUGGCUUUGCAGGUGCCACCUACACCUGCCAGGUCACCCACGUCUCCCUGAAGGAGCCCCUUGGGGCCAGCACCCAGGUUGGCCCACCAGAGCAGAAAAUGGCCUUGGGAGUCAUCUUUGCCAGCGGCCUCUUCUUUCUUGCACUGUUGUUCCUGGGGCUUCAGAGACGACAAGCACCUGCAAGAGUUGGGCUGCUUCAGGCAUGAAACCUGGAGACCACUUCCUCUGAGGACACGUAGAACUUCAAUGUCACGAAGGUCACAUGGCACACAUAAGCCAGCCCUGCCAACCUAAAGCGACAUCGUCAGACUACUAGAAAGAAAGGAUGCUCCCCUUCCCCUCCAACCCAAAGAACAACCAAGACAGUUUAGCAGUAGGAAUUUGUAUUCUUUGCCUUUGUUUGGAAUACAUGAAAUUGGUAAAUAUGCCACAUGCCUUUGGUGGAAGUACAACUGUUAUUACUCCAUACAAGUAUGAGAUUGGGGUUAGGAAAAAAAGACAAAGAGAUGAUGACAGACACACAGUGGAAACCCACAUCAUCUCACGGCAAACUGAAGGAGGGGAUGUGGGAAGCUUGGCUUCACUGGACUACACAGUCCCGGGGCUAGUUGCACAUUUGCUCAUGCACAGGGUGGUGAGAGGAAAGGAGAAUAGCACGGACACAGAAGAGGACACAGAUGGGGUGAGAAAGAAAGUAGAAGGACUGACCACCCAAAAGGACAAAGCCAACUGUGACUGUUAAGCCUCAGAGGGACAGAAACCCAGAAAGUAAUUCCUGUGAUAGGGCUGGGUGGGCCAAGAGGGUGGAUUUGCUCCAGGCUUGGGACACAUCGAGGACAGUGGUGGUUCUUCUCCAGCGGUGACCCCCUGCAUUAGGCAAAGAGGAGCCCAGAGGAGAGUGGAGACCUUCGAGGGGGACCGUUGGGAGGGUACACUGAUUGCUUUCUUCCAGCUCUUCAGUCCUGCCCUGGGGCAGGACGAAGCGGGUUUGGGAAACAGGGGUGAAGGAAAAGGAAGGAUGGUUCUGCACAAUGAAAUGCUGCUGCGUGGAGAGGGGCCAUCAAGACCCAGCCCAGAGUGGCCUCAACCUUUCCUGCAUGUGGACUGGAGGACAGAAUAAAGGGUGUGGGUGUUC